GGAAUGACUGUGCCUGUCACUCAGUCACUCCCCGUUUAUGAAUCAGCCAUAUUUGUUUUGCCUUUGAACUCCGACCUUGAGUGUGACCUUCCAGUAAGGAAACUAGGUCACAACGUCUCGCUGUGGAAGACUGGUACAGAUGCUUGCAGGGAUUUUGCUAGUACACUGAAGAAAUAUUUGACCCAUGUGAGUGACCACUGUCCAGCAGGCUCAAUUGACUCAAAUGAACAGACCACAAUGAAGAUAGAUAUCCACAACCACAUUCUUCCAGAAACCUGGCCAGAUCUAAAGGAGAGAUAUGGCUAUGGAGGAUGGGUAUCUUUGGAGGGCCAUUGUGCUGGAAAGGCCAAUAUGAUGAAAGAUGGGAAAUUAUUUCGUGUGGUCGACCAAAACUGCUGGGACCCUGUGACAAGAAUAAAAGAUAUGGACAGUACAGGGGUAGCAGUGCAAGCUUUGUCCACUGUGCCUGUUAUGUUCAGUUACUGGGCCAAACCAGAGGACACACUAGAUCUCAGUAAAAUAUUGAAUGACAACCUGGCCACCACCAUUAAUAAACACCCAGAUAGAUUUGUUGGUUUGGGUACGCUCCCCAUGCAGGCGCCAGAGUUAGCAGUACAAGAACUGAAACGGUGCAAGCAUGAACUAGGUUUUCCAGGAAUACAGAUAGGGUCUCAUGUCAAUGACUGGAACUUGGAUGCUCCAGAGUUACUGCCAGUAUUCAGAGCUGCAGAAGAGAACGAUGUGUCUAUAUUUGUUCACCCUUGGGACAUGCACCUUGACGGAAGGAUGUCUAAGUACUGGCUGCCGUGGCUAGUAGGUAUGCCAGCAGAGACCACCACCGCCAUAUGUGCUAUGAUAUUUGGAGGGGUGUUGGAGAGAUUUCAAAAACUUAAAGUCUGUUUUGCACAUGGAGGAGGUGCAUUUCCAUACACAAUUGGCCGUAUAGAGCAUGGCUUCAAUGUACGACCAGAUCUGUGUGCUACUGAGAACAGCGUCAACCCCAGAAAAUAUCUGGGGCAGAUCUACACAGACUCCCUGUGCCAUGAUCCCUUGGCCUUGAAACUAUUGGUGGAUGUCAUGGGCAAAGAUCAAGUUAUCCUGGGCAGUGACUACCCAUUUCCACUUGGUGAGCAUCAUCCUGGCAAACUCAUUGAAUCCAUGGAGGACUUUGAAGAUGAUCUCAAGGACAAGCUGCUGGCGGGGAAUGCUUGUGAAUUUCUGGGACUUGAUCGAGCCAAAUAUGAUCCUGCCCUAAGACUCUAAACUCUAUUAACUGUAUGUAAAAACCCAAGCCUGUAGACUUGAGGGAAUUUUUUUAGUGUUUUACAUAUGGGACCAAACUGUAAGACUGCAGUGAGUGCAGCAUAUACCUGAUGGGUAUUUAAAGCAAAGUAUCACCAAAUUGAAGCUAUAAGAAUUUGCAUGGAACAAACUAUUUAAAGGGAAAUGUCUUUGUAUUGAACAGAACUGCAUUUAAAGCCAUAUACUACAACUUGUAUAAAUCUACUUCCAGACUCAUUGAAUGAGAACAAAGAACUAUAGUUAAAACCUACCAGGUAUCACCUACGACUUAUUUAUAUCAAUUAUACACUGUAAGACUUUUAGUACACAGUACAAUAAAUUGUAUUCAUAAGAAA